AUGGCAGGGAGCGGGCCGCCUGCCCCCGCCGCCCGCCCCGAGCCUCUGCCCCGCAGCGUCUUCAAGAAGUUCCUGCUGAUGCUCAUGUCCCUGCUCAUGUCCCUCUACGUCUUCUACUGCCUGGCCGAGCGCUGCCCCAGCCUGCCCGGGCCCCUGCUGGCGGCCGCCCCGGAGCAGGCGGCGGGCGGCGGCGGCGGGCGGCUGGAGCCGGGGUCCCCCUCGCUGCCCAGCUGGCCGCCGGCGGCCCGGAGGAAGCGGCCGAAGCAGCCGCGGCGGCGGCCCGAGGCGCCCGGGCGAGGCGCGGGGUCGGGCGGCGGCGGGGAGCCCCCGGGCACGCUGGCCCUGCUGCUGGGCGAGGGCAGCAAGCGGCUGCCGCAGGCCAUCAUCGUGGGCGUGAAGAAGGGCGGCACGCGGGCGCUGCUGGAGUUCCUGCGCGUGCACCCCGACGUGCGGGCCGCGGGGGCCGAGCCCCACUUCUUCGACCGCGGCUACGAGCGGGGCUUCGCCUGGUACAGGGAGCUGAUGCCCAGAACCCUGGAUGGGCAGAUCACCAUGGAGAAAACUCCCAGCUACUUCGUCACCAAGGAAGCACCUGCUCGAAUCUCCGCCAUGUCGAAGGGCACCAAGCUCAUCGUGGUGGUGCGGGAUCCCGUGACCCGAGCCAUCUCCGAUUACACGCAGACUCUCUCAAAGAAGCCUGAUAUCCCCACCUUUGAGAGCCUGACCUUCAAAAACAGGACUACAGGCCUGAUCGACACCUCGUGGAGCGCCAUCCAGAUCGGCAUCUACGCCAAGCACCUGGAGAACUGGCUCCUCUACUUCCCCAUUGGGCAGAUCCUCUUCAUCAGUGGGGAGAGGCUGAUCAGUGACCCUGCCGGGGAGCUGGGCAGGGUCCAGGACUUUCUGGGCCUUAAAAGGAUCAUCACGGACAAACACUUCUACUUCAACAAAACCAAGGGCUUCCCCUGCCUGAAGAAAGCUGAAGGCAGCAGCAAACCCCACUGCCUGGGGAAAACGAAAGGCAGGACCCACCCCAGUAUAGACAGAGAGGUGGUGCAGAGACUGCGGGAGUUCUACAGGCCUUUCAACAUGAAGUUCUACCAGAUGACUGGACAUGACUUCGGCUGGGACUGA